AACCCACCACAACUCAUACUCCCUCAACAUGAGAACAUAACCAGAGACCAACAAAGCAACCAUAGGAACAGAUAUGGCUUCUGCAAGCACUUCAGCUUCUACAACAUGGAGCAUGUCUUGUCUGAAAUCUGCACUCCCUUCAAUUUCGAACUCUUCACUUAGGUUCUCUUCUGGUACUUCCCCUUCUCGUCUCAAGAUUUGCAAACCAAAGUCCAGUUCAAGAAUCCUUCAGUCCUUCGUGGGUCUUGCUCCCCUCCAUCCUCUCUUGUCCCUUUAUUCCCAUGAUUCAACAAGUUUUGAGCACUCAUUUACCGUGAUCGAUAAUGGUGGCCGAGUUUUUGCCAUGAGACAUGGAAGAAAGGUGCCCAAACUGAAUAGACCUCCUGACCAGCGACGGGCACUUCUGAGAGGUCUGACAACUCAGCUCCUCAAGCAUGGGCGUAUAAAGACCACUAAAGCGAGGGCCAGGGCAGUUAGAAAACACGUUGACAAAAUGAUCACGAUGGCAAAGGAUGGAUCACUUCACAAGAGAAGGCAAGCUCUUGGAUUCAUCUAUGAGAAGCAGAUAGUGCACGCAUUGUUUGCUGAAGUUCCAGAAAGAUAUGGGGAGAGGAACGGAGGAUACACUAGGAUAAUAAGAACUCUACCAAGGCGAGGGGACAAUGCACCAAUGGCGUACAUCGAGCUUGUCUAGGACUGAAUAAUUCAUUUUGCAGGUUCUUUUUUUGUUGGUUCUGAAUUCUGAUGUGAUCUAAGAGAUUUUGUAAGUUCCACCAGUUAUUUCAUCCCAAUUUCCUGUA